AUGGAGGCAGUUAAAGUUCGUGUCCAAACACAGCCUGGUUUCGCCCGGGGUUUGGGUGAUGGACUCCCGAAAUUUGUCAGAUCUGAUGGCGUACUAGGGUUAUACAAGGGAUUGGUGCCACUUUGGGGACGCCAGAUACCAUAUACAAUGAUGAAGUUUGCAUCAUUUGAAACGAUUGUGGAGAUGUUUUACAAAUACGCGAUUCCAAGACCCAAAAAUGAAUGCAGCAAAUCUCUUCAGCUAGGUGUCAGUUUUGCUGGUGGAUACGUGGCUGGUGUUCUCUGUGCCAUUGUAUCUCAUCCUGCUGAUAAUCUCGUCUCCUUCCUUAACAACGCCAAGGGUGCCAGUGUUGGAGAUGCUGUGAAGAAGCUUGGAGUUUUGGGUCUCUUCACCCGAGGGCUUCCCCUACGUAUUGUCAUGAUUGGAACUCUCACAGGAGCUCAAUGGGGACUCUACGAUGCUUUCAAAGUCUUUGUUGGACUGCCGACCACAGGUGGAGCUGCACCGCCAGCUGCUAUUGAGGCUGCAAAAGAAUAGGGUCCGUGAAGUUUCUUUGGCUCUUGUGGUUGUUGGGAUAUAUAUCGUAUCAUAUUCUAUUCUAUUAUAUUAUAUAAUGCUCUACUAUUUUCAUUAUUUUUGGAUGAUUGAAAUAGGUUUUGAAAAUUUAUGAUAUAUUUUUGGUGUUAGAGAGGAUGUUGUACUUGUAGUCCUAAUUCAUCAAACUCAAAAGUUUUGGGUAGGAUUGUCAAUUGUGUAACAUCGGAAAAAAAAAAAAUAAUAAUGGGCCAAUGGGAUCAUUGUGCAUGGCCAUGACAUUGUAAGACAAUUUGUGACAGCACGAAAUUGGUGCUGCUUUUCAUCUUUUAUCGUUUUCUGUUAUA